GCAUUUUUAAGCCAACAUUUUCCCAGCCCACAAGUUAAGUCGUCUAAGUUAAACAUUAAACGUAAUGGCUGGAGAUCAACACCCCUUUUACGCCCCUUAACGUGGUCUGAGUUAUAAAAACAUUACAAGACUUAAUACCCUCGCCAUCCAGGGCAGGCAGGCAGCGGACACCGUGACAAUGAUCUGGACAGUGCUCUUACUAUGCUAUACUCUUAUAUUACUCUUUGUAAUCCUUUCGAAUCGCAAAAGAACCAAGAGAGAACCACCUUUGGACAAAGGCGUUAUUCCAUGGCUUGGACAUGCCCUUGAGUUUGGAAAGGAUGCGGCAAAGUUUUUAGCUCAAAUGAAAGAUAAACAUGGAGACAUUUUCACGGUGCGUGUAGCAGGGCGCUACGUGACUGUGCUCCUGGAUCCAAACUCUUAUGACGCCGUCCUGCAGAACUCAGCAUCACUGGACUUCAGCCGUUACGCCAAGGUUCUGAUGGAGAGGAUUUUCCUCUUGCGUCUGCCCCAGUACGAUCCCGUUACUGAGAGGGCUGCUAUGAAUCAGCACUUCCAUGGAGAAAACCUGACACACUUAAAUGCCACCAUGCAUAGAAACCUCCAGACCCUUCUGACAUCAGACAUUCUUCUGAACCGGAUGGACUGGAAACAAGAUGGACUGUUUCGCUUCUGCUACAGCCUGCUAUUCAGGGCAGGGUACCUUACACUCUUUGGUUCAGGACAGUACAGCCCGGACACUGUCUACGAUGAGUUCAGGAGAUUCGAUGGACUCCUGACGAAAAUGGCCCGGACCACUCUUAAGCCAGAGGAGAAACGUGAAGCCCAGCUGGCGCGUGAACGGCUAUGGAGCUUUCUCACAUUCAUGGGGCCAGACCAGAGGGAGAGGCCUAGUCCCUGGCUGCAGAGCUACCUGAAACGUCUGCAGGAGGAGGGUGCGGACCCGGACACACAGAGGCGGGCCUUGCUGAUGCAGCUUUGGGCCACUCAGGGCAAUACAGGUCCGGCCACAUUCUGGCUCCUUGGAUACCUGCUGACCUCUCCAGAGGCCAUGGAGGCUGUGAAGAGAGAGUUUGAGGGCCUAACGCCUGCAGCAGGGGCAUCUGAGGAGACUCUCUGUGAAAAUCUGCAGAACACACCUGUGUUUGACAGCGCCCUCAGCGAGGCCCUCAGGCUCACUGCAGCUCCUUUCAUCACCCGAGAAGUUCUGGUGAACACCACGCUUCACAUGGCGGACGGGCAAGAGUACGACCUCAGGCAGGGAGACAGAGUCUGCCUCUUCCCUUACCUGAGUCCUCAGAUGGACCCUGAGAUCCACCAGGAACCAGAGAAAUACAAAUAUGACAGGUUUCUCAACCCAGACGGCACGGAGAGGAAGGACUUUUUCAAAGGUGGACAAAAGAUGAAGUACUACACCAUGCCGUGGGGAGCGGGGAAGAAUGUGUGUGUGGGCCGACACUUUGCUAUCAGCGGCAUUAAGCAGUUUUUGUUCAUGCUACUCACUCGCUUGGACCUGGAGCUGUGUGAUCCAGACUCAGAAAUGCCAGUGGCAGAUGCCAGCCGUUAUGGAUUUGGCAUGCUGCAGCCAGCAGGAGACCUGCAGAUCCGGUACAGGCUCAAAGAGCCGUCAUAGGAUACAGGGAGAAGAGGCUGACAGAGGACCAUUUCAGCUCAGUCUUUAAAACCUGCAACAGUGUUACAACGUUUCUUUCAUUAAGUGUUACAUUUUUAUUUGCCAUGAAAUUAUUUUGUAUGUCUCAGCAUAUUUUAAGUUAUAACAUUUAACAUUUUUAAGUGUCUUGAAGUUGUUUAACUAUUAUUAUUAUUAUUGUUGUUGUUGUUAAUAAAUGGGUUAAUGUUUGUUUACAAAGUGUCACAAUAUUGUACUAUAUAACCAGAACCUCUUAAUGUACAUACAAAUGAAGAUUAUACUUUUAUUGACUGCA